AAGCAGGUAGAGACACAUAUUGCCGAAGGCUUGAGGAGCAGCAUGACACAAGGUGCAUUCGGUAAUGUCUACAGUAGGGUGGUCAAUCUCCCUCAUUGUCACCAUCUCUUCUAUUGUAGUAGUAGUACUAGUAGUAAUAGAUCAUAUCCUCAGCUGCUGUAAGAAAAUCGCACGGACAGACUACAAACAGAGACACAACUAUGUGGCCCAAAUGAUUCAUUGGAACUUAUGCCUCAAGUACCACCUCCCAGCAGAAAAGAACCCUCACAAACCUGCAAAAGUAUUGGAAAACGAGCACACAAAGAUACUGUGGGACUUCCGAAUCCAGACUGACAAAGUUCUGGAACACAACACACCAGACAUCACAGUUGUGGAAAAGAAAAAGGUUUGGAUCAUUGAUGUUGCCAUCCCAGGUGACAGUCGCAUUGACGAAAAACAACAGGAAAAACUCAGCCGCUAUCAGGACCUCAAGAUUGAACUUCAAAGACUCUGGCAGAAACCAGUGCAGGUGGUCCCGGUGGUGAUGGGCACAUUGGGUGCCGUGCCAAAAGAUCUCAGCCGGCAUUUGGAAACAAUAGACAUUGACAAAAUCACGAUCUGCCAACUGCAAAAGGCCACCCUACUGGGAUCUGCCCGCAUCAUCCGAAAAUACAUCACACAGUCCUAGACACUUGUGAAGUGUUCGACUUGUGAUUUUGUGAUACAAAAUCCAGCAUAUCUAUCUUGUUUGCUGUGUCAUACAAUAAUAAUAAUAAUAAUAGAAUUAUAAUUAUAAUAAAACUUUAUUUGUAUUCCGUCCUAUCUCCCCAAGGGGACUCAGGGCGAAUUCCAACAUAACAAUGGCAAACAUUCAAUGCCUCCGUAAAACCAAAGCAUUGUAAUGCACCAAAGGAUUCAAGCCAUUGUUACCAAGUAUGCUGUCAGAGCGCAUUAUGAACUCAUCCAUGUUCUGAGUCAACAUGCCCAUGAGGAGCCUUUUAGCCUUGGUAGCAGUACACCAAUCAUCUACAUCUACACGCAACCGAGUAAAAGAGAAUAUUCUUGAACAAACAUAUGAAUAAUGAAAAGAUAGCGAACCUGAAUAAUCAUGCAAGACACAGAAUCCCACCAUAAAGAUGUUCUUAUCAUUCCUGCCCCUUUUGGUUGCAUGUUUUCCAAUACCUGGAAAGGGCGAAGUGGUAGAGGAUUUUUCAAACUGCCUUGAGUUCUUCUUGGAUCAGAAGCCACCAGGAGAGUCCCUGACCCCCGUCGACGACGCCAGGAUCUGCCAGUUCUACAAGAAGGCCUACCGCUUUGCCACCAUGUACGACAAAGACCAACGCGUCCCUAUAUACUCGGCUUACAAAUGCAAACCUGGCCAUGGCAGUGAAACCGAAAGGUGGAUGAUAGAGCCACAGCUUGUUGGGCUCAAUUUUGGAAGAAGCAUGGAAGAUGAAGACACAACCCAAAUUCCCUUGUGGCAGCUUAAACAAAGCCAAGCGGUUUCAAUUGACUACAAAUACCUUCUCGACUAUAAGAGGGGAUAUUUGAGCCCCGUUGUACAUCAACCUGACGAAGAUAGCAGAGUUGCGGCAUCCACUUUGACCAACGCCGUCCCACUGUAUACAGGACUCGAAUAUUCAUGGAGAAACUACCAAAACGGUAUCCAGGAAAGCGCUGGAAAAGCUCAUGUCUGCCAUGAUCUGUAUGUCAUCUCCGGCGCGGUGCCCAGCAGGGAUGCAUAUGUUUUCAGCAACAGAGUCAACCAGCCCAGCCACAUCUGGUCUGCCGCCUGCUGCGUUCAUGAGAAGAGAGGCCGGACCUCCUGGGCUGCCAUUGCAAAGAAUAAAGAGAAUAAAGUCAAGCAAUGCAGCCUGGAUGAACUGCAGGUCUUGCUCACUAGACUCUAUGGGAAGGGGGACGUUGAUCUUUUCAACAAUGCCUGCAACACAAACCGGGCUGCGCAUAGGCGCCGCUGCCUUUGGAGCCAGAAACUGGGCUCCUUCUCCAAAAGAUGCGGAACAAGGUGAUCAAGACAUGACACUUCAUCCUGCCAUCGGUUCUGUUCACCUGCUUUCCAUUUGCCUUUUUUUGAAAAGGGGAUAAAUAGCUGCUUUUUACUACUACCUUAUCUGUUACUUAUUUCUCUUUGUGGAAUGUCCAAAAUAUUUAAUAUUGUUUUUAAUAUUGUGCCAUUUUGUAAUCAUAUACCCAGAAAGUCAUUUUUAUAUUUGAAAUGGUAUAAAUGGUAGAAAUGUUUAUAACUGAAUGUUUUUACUAUGCUGCUUUACUAUAUAUCUGUGUGUUACCUAAUGGUUUGUUGACUGUAAUAAAGGCUACUGAUGUUACUCCUGUUGUGGUAAUCUCUGAGCAGUUA